GCUGCAAUUUCCGAUCGUGCUGGCAAAGGCCACGACCAUUCACAAAAGUCGGGCGGCCACCUUGCACCAGGGCGUCCACGCCCGACUGGAUGCCACCUGCAAGGAGGAGGGUCAGGCUUACGUGGCGCUGAGCCGCUGCCCACAGCAAGCUCUCUGUACGCUGGAAUAUUUCACCCCGAAGUCCUUGCGGUUCAACUCCACCGCAGAGUGGGCGCUGACCAAGCUGAAGGCCCAGCAGGCCGACCGGGACGGCUCGCGGCUGUGGAAGCAGCUCUUCGAACCGCCAGAGAGCAAGGAGUUCUAUGAGGCCCGGCUUGCCGAGAUGGGCACUCCAAAUUGGUCAAAGAUGAAGAGAGACAAGGAAAAGAUUCAGGACGGAGAGCAACUCUGGCUCUGCCUGCAAUGCGGCCAAGAAGCUCCCAACGCUAAAGCCGGCAUCAAGGCACACAAGCGGAAGUGCCCGGCUAAACUCGAAGCCAAAGCGAAUGCUAAAGCCAAGGCUAAAAUGGCUAAAAGCAAGGGCAAAACCAAGUGCCGGAGCCAAAGCACAAGGACAGACGGCGUAGCAGAGCAGAACGGAGCUGCAGGCCCGCAACAGGAGCCACCCUUCUUCGAACGACAGGAAGCAGCGCGGUGUGGAAUCCAUGCCCUCAACAAUGUUCUUGGCUUCCACUGCGUAGGGGUAGAGGACAUGACGCAUGCAGCGGAAACCUUCUUGUUUGAGAACCCCGACCUGGGCGACAACGUGCAGGAUCACCUGGCGCCUGAAGGGGACUACUCCAUCGAGGUCAUGAGCAUGGUCCUCCGCACGAAGGCGAUGGCGGAAUUCGGACAGCUGCGAUGGCAGAUGGAUAUCCAGCGUGUGAUGACCUCGCAAGACCUGCAUGGCUGCAUUGGUGCAGUGCAGAACCUGAACAAUCGGCACUGGGUGGCGCUCAGACAAGUGGAAGCCACCUUUCUUUACUGCGAUUCCUUGGAGGCGGGCCUGCGACAGAUGACCGAGGAAGAGCUUGACGCGCUUCUCGCCGUUCACCCCACCUAUGCGCUGCGGUACAUCUGA